CCGGCGAACUGUAACUACGCUGGGGGUCUCUUCACCCGGCGGCUCGAAGUAAUCAUACGAAAAUCGAGAUGUGCCAAAUUAUAACUAGUUCACAGUGAAUUAUUGCUAUAAGUCAUUGUAAAACACAAUAAUCAUACAAUUUGAACGAUGGCUUUGAAAGUAAAUUUUACAAGUGCCUUGUUUUUGUGCAUUUUAUACAGUGUUUGUAGUUUUAACUUGGAGCCAAGGAUUCCUGUGAUAAAGUUUGGUGAGGAAGGCUCUUACUUUGGAUUUUCCGUGGCGGAACAUCUUACGAUAACGAAUGAAAACGAUAAAACGAGUUGGCUCCUAGUUGGUGCACCUCUGGGCCAGAACCUCCAGCCGAACACGACAAAAUCGGGUGCAUUAUGGAAAUGUCGACUAUCUACGGCACUACGCGACUGUGAACAAAUCGUCACGGAUGGAAAACGAACGAAGUACGGCAAGAUAAAUACCACUUUGGACUCCUAUCAUCUGUCUGGCCCGCAUCCCGAUGAAAUCAAAGACGGUCAGUGGCUGGGAGUGUCGGUUCGCAGUCAAGGCCCUGGCAAGAAAGCUGUAGUUUGUGCACAUAGAUACAUCAGAAAGUCGGGGGAGUCUCAGUUUGGGCAAGGUCUGUGCUACACUCUGGGUAACGACCUUCAAUUAGUGGAUGUAUGGGAGCCGUGUCGAGGUCGAUCCGUGCAAAGAGAGCACGAAGAGUUCGGGUUCUGUCAAGUUGGAACCAGUAGUUCCCUGCUGGAAGACGACACUUUGGUUUUGGGCAGUCCCGGUCCGUACACUUGGCGAGGAACCAUUUUCACUCAGGACACCAACGAUGAUCUAAUAGAACGAGAUCACGUGGUCUAUAUGGGCCCCGUGGAAGAUGGCUACAGUCCCGUUGAAAAAUAUAGCUAUUUAGGAAUGUCAGUAUCAGGCGCCAGUUUUUUUGGAGACAAGCCAUCGUACGCCGCAGGGGCCCCUAGAGCCCACGGCACCGGCCAAGUUGUGGUUUUCAGUAAACGAGUUAUUAACGACUGGGCAAGAACUGAUGUAGAUAUUUUAAAUUUCACCUUGUUGUUGAACGGAGAACAGUUUGGGUCCAGUUUUGGUUAUGAGGUUGCGGCUGCCGACGUCAAUGGAGAUGGCCUUCCAGACCUCUUAGUGGGUGCACCUUUUUAUUUCUCACGCGACUCCGGCGGUGCCGUUUAUCUCUAUCUCAAUAAAAACCACAAUCUGCCUAAAGAAUAUUCUCUCAAACUAACGGGGAAAGAGGAAUCUCAAUUCGGAAUAGCCAUAGCCAACACGGGAGACUUAAACAAAGACGGGUGUGAAGAUAUAGCGAUCGGAAGUCCUUACGAAGGGAACGGCGUCGUCUACAUACACAUGGGUGAUCGGAAGGCUGGACUCAAAAUGAAAGCGGAUCAAGUGAUUAGAGCCGAGUCGUUGCCAAUAGUUAUGAAGACUUUUGGCUACUCCUUAUCCGGUGGAACCGAUCUCGAUGCUAACGGAUAUCCCGAUCUGUUGGUCGGCGCUUAUGAAAAUAGUAGCGUGGCGCUAAUUCGUACGAAACCGAUAAUAGAUAUAAAGACGUCGAUCCGACCGUCGAAUACAAUUAUUAACAUCGACCCGACGACACAGGGAUGUGAAAGAGAUCCCAAUUCGAACUACACGUGUUUCCAUUUCCAAGCAUGCUGCAUAAUCAAAUCUCUAGUGAGAUCGUCGCACAGCAACAUUCACGAACUGAAUUACGUAGUGGAAGCGGAAACCUUUCCCGGAGGACGAAAGUAUUCCAGGGUGUUCUUCGGUUCAGAGAAAUCGAACAUCAUAAACCAAACUAUACAUUUGGGAAAAGACGAGGAGCUCUGUCGCGAGCAUAUCGUGUACCUCAAGAAUAACACCAGAGACAUACAGACCCCGAUCAGAUUCCAAGUGACGUACAAAAUCGUCCACGUCGACCCUCAGUUCUCGAGCGGAGGGCGCCUGCCGGACAUAGACGAGUAUCCGGUGUUAAACGCCACGGCCACCACGGCCUUCAGCGCAAACUUCUUGAACGACUGCGGCCUCGACGCCGUCUGCGUCAGCGAUUUGGUCGUGGAGCCCGUGCUGCGGCUGCCCAAGACCGAAGAUGGAAAGGCGUACGCGUUGACCCUGGGCCAAGAGGAGGAGAUCCACCUCUCCGUGUCCGUGGACAACUUGGCCGAGUCUGCUUACGAAGCGCAACUCUUCGUGCGACAUCACGCCAGUCUGCAUUACAUCGCCGCUAAUAUCAGUGGCAAGCACAUGAUUUGCACGAGCGUGAACAAGACGAUCGUCUCGUGCCUCCUCGAGAACCCUUUCAAGAAGCAAGCCGAAGGAGCGGCCAUCACCAUCCGCUUCGACGCCAGAGCCUUGGAGGACAACGAACCCUCCGUGGUAUUCUCGAUCUGGGCGAACUCCACGUCCAGAGAGCUGCACCCCGGCAAGAGACCGGUUCGCGUCGAGGCGCUGGUUAUUAAGAACGCCGAGUUGCUCAUUAAAGGAGCUGCGCGGCCCGAACAAGUGUUCUACGGAGGCGAAGUGAAGGGAGAAUCUGCCAUGACGUACUUCGACGACGUCGGCACCAGAGUCAUUCAUACGUAUCAGGUCUUCAACGAAGGCCCGUGGCGCGUGUCCUCUCUGCAGGUGGUGAUUUCUUGGCCCCACCAGGUGUCUUCGGAGAACGAUCAGGGCAAGUGGCUGCUCUAUCCUGAAGACGUGCCCACCGUAGACGGAGAAGGCGAUCAAAGCAACGGCGAAUGUUUUAUUUCGGAAAGUGAAAUAAAUCCCCUGAAACUGACGACACGCCCCGGCACCUUCGAGCCCUACUUAGAGAAUCUAGAAAUGGACCCCUUCCUCAGUUCGGGCAAACUGAGCGUGUCUUCCAGCGAAAAAGAGAAUAACUCUACGCGCAAGAGAGGAGUGGAGAAUAAGAUCAGGAGGAGGAGAGACAGCGACAUCGUGAAGGCCGAAGCGUACACGGACAAGGAUGGCCUCAGGAAGCACGUCGUCAACAUGAAUUGCCAGAAGAAGACCGCCAAAUGCAUCCAGUUCCAGUGCGUGAUCUACCGCUUGGGACGGAUGCAGGCCACCACCAUCACGGUGAAAGCUCGGCUUUGGAACUCCACGCUCGUGGAGGACUACCCGCGGGUCAGCCACGUCAACGUCGCCUCCGCGGCCUUCAUCCACAUUCCCGAACAUUACAACAUCCACCAGAGCGACCACCGCGACGACACCGCCACGGUGGAGACGGUGGCGUAUCCGGAUCUGAAGAUAAGCGAGCCCUCGGAGGUGCCGCUGUGGGUGAUAAUAGUGUCGAUAAUCGUGGGUCUCGUCGUGCUGGUGCUGCUCAUCAUAGCCCUCUGGAAGCUGGGCUUCUUCAAGAGGAGCAGACCGGAUCCGACCCUGUCCGGCAACCUGGAGAAGAACAAUCACGAGUCUAGUCCCUUCAUAGGCCGCGACCGGAACGGCGUUCGAUAGCUCCGGAGGUCGGGGCUCGUUUCGGGAGGCCUGAAGGCUUUUUAGUUAAUGUCAACGACUGUGAUGCUCCGUCGAGGAAUUAAAAUGUGACGUACGAGAACUAGAUUAUUGUUACGCCCUUAUGAAAGGCGGAACCGUUGUUUUUAUUGCAUUUUUAGGGUAAUUGAGAUUUUAAAAGGUUUUCAUAAAUUGAUAUUUUUUAAGUAAAUAUCGUCAUUGGAAUUGUUCCGAAUGGUGCAACCCACCAUCUUAAACCGGUGCAAACCAGAUACAGGAACGGAUUGCUUUAAAAAUAUUUUUUUAUAAAAAAAAUGUUGUUGUAAAUACUUGCCUUAUUAUUUAUAGAUAGGCGAAGGAGUUGAUUGAUUGACUAGAUUUUUGCUAGUCACGUAAAAUAGGCGUAAGAGCCGUUGUUAUUUUACUUAUAAACGUAUGUUUAGCGAAAGGAACACUUAAAUUUGCUACUUAUAUUUUUCCAAAACUUAAAAUAUUACUUUUAUAUGCCUGUAUAUAUUGAAUUAUAAUUGAUAUACAAACAAUUAUGAAUGAUUUCGCUAGCUUGUCGCGUGUAAAUAGUUGUGCGUUUUAGUGAAUCCAUAUAUUUUAUGCGAAUGAUGUAAACGACUAGACGUUUCACUGAAACGUUAUUGCUUUCAUUAAAUUAUUUUAGCAUUAGUUCGUAAGUGUACAUAGAACGUAGUAUUUAUACUUAAAUUUUGUACUGAACUCGUUGAGUUAUCUUUCGCAAAGACGGUCCUCGUGUACUUAUUAAUAUUAAGCGUCAGGUCUUAAAGUAGCGGUUGUGAAUAUAUUUCGUCAAAAUAAUGCUUCAACACGACUUACGAUUUGUGAAAUAAAGAAAUGGUGCCAUUUA